AUGGAAGUCUAUCUGUUUGUGUUUAUCGUCGUAACGGUCCUGCUACAAGCAUGCACCUCCUACGACACAUCUGAUCCCAACGUAAAGUGCUUUCCAACAAAGGCGGGGCGGGCUGAUUGUAACAAUGCAUUAAAAAAAAUCAUGUAUGAAGCCGAUUCUUCCCUCGAUAUACGAGAAUAUCAUGUUGAAAGGAUUUCUGGAAACUGUGUUGUGAUGGUUGACAACCCGAACGUUCUUGCAUUGAACAAACAAAUUGUUACGGAUGGCUUCAAGAAACUGUUGGGACAUUGCAAAAAUAAUUCUGGUUAUUAUAACCUCACAAAUCCUGCUACUGUCACACUGAGCAUCAGAUCCCGGCAGCCCCUUCCCAUAAUUGAAGAUGAUUCUAAAUUUAACGAGGUAUUCUGCUAUGGAAAGAAACUUGCAUCACCUAGUGAUUGUCAGAAGUAUGCUUGA